GGCGCGGCGUGGCUGACGGCAGCGCCGCGCGGCUCUCGGAGAGGUCACUCCGGAGACGCGUUGGUGUCGGGCUUGUGGGGGGCAGCGGCACGAUGUGGCGCGUCUGUGCGCGGCGGGCCCAGCGUGCGGUCCCCGGCGCGGUGUUCUGGGCGCGGCGGGCCGCGCGCAAGGAAGGGCCCGGGGCGGCGGGCGCGACCCCGCGGGCCGGCCGGGUGCCGGCGGGCUGCCGCGGCGCGACCACCGGCCAUGGCGGGGGCCGGGCCCUCAGUGGCUGGAGCCCGGGGGCCCGGGCCACGCCGCGCAAUCGCUUCCUGCUGCAGCUCCUGGGGCCGCCGGGCCGCCGCGCCUACAGCCUCCCGCCGCAUCAGAAGGUGCCAUUGCCUUCCCUUUCCCCCACGAUGCAGGCAGGCACCAUCGCCCGGUGGGAAAAAAAGGAAGGGGAGAAAAUCAACGAGGGUGAACUAAUUGCAGAGGUUGAAACGGAUAAAGCCACUGUUGGAUUUGAGAGCUUGGAGGAAUGUUACAUGGCAAAGAUUCUUGUUCCUGAAGGUACCAGAGAUGUUCCCGUUGGAGCAGUCAUCUGUAUCACAGUUGAAAAGCCUGAGGAUAUUGAGGCCUUUAAAAAUUAUACAUUGGAUUCCUCGGCAGCACCCACCCCACAAGCAGCCCCAGCACCAACCCCUGCUGUCGCUGCUUCGCCACCUACACCUUCUGCCCAGGCUCCUGGUAGCUCAUAUCCCACUCACAUGCAGGUGCUUCUUCCUGCCCUCUCCCCCACAAUGACCAUGGGCACAGUUCAGAGAUGGGAAAAAAAAGUGGGUGAGAAGCUAAGCGAAGGAGACUUACUGGCAGAGAUAGAGACUGACAAGGCCACUAUAGGUUUUGAAGUACAGGAAGAAGGUUACCUGGCAAAAAUCCUGGUUCCUGAAGGCACAAGAGAUGUCCCUCUAGGAACUCCACUCUGCAUCAUUGUAGAGAAAGAGGCAGAUAUACCAGCAUUUGCAGACUACAGGCCAACUGAAGUUACUGACUUAAAACCACAAGUACCGCCGCCUACCCCACCCCCAAUGGCCCCUGUUCCUCCAACUCCCCAACCUGUAGCCCCUACACCUUCAGCCCCUCGCCCAGCUACUCCUGCUGGACCCAGAGGAAAGGUGUUUGCUAGCCCUCUUGCAAAGAAACUGGCUGCGGAGAAAGGGAUUGACAUUGCUCAAGUAAAGGGGACGGGACCAGAAGGCAGAAUCAUCAAGAAGGACAUUGACUCUUUUGUGCCUUCCAAAGCUGCUCCUGCCCCAGCGGCUGCUGUGCCUCCCCCGGCUCCAGGAGUGGCACCAGUUCCUACAGGUGUCUUCACGGAUAUCCCAAUCAGCAACAUUCGUCGAGUUAUUGCACAGCGGUUAAUGCAGUCUAAGCAAACCAUACCUCAUUAUUACCUUUCUAUUGAUGUAAAUAUGGGAGAAGUUUUAUUGAUGCGGAAAGAACUCAAUAAGGUGUUAGAAGGGAAAAGCAAACUUUCAGUCAAUGACUUCAUCAUAAAAGCUUCAGCUUUGGCAUGUUUGAAAGUACCAGAAGCAAAUUCUUCUUGGCUAGACACAGUUAUAAGACAAAACCAUGUUGUUGAUAUCAGCGUUGCUGUCAGCACUCCUGCAGGACUCAUCACACCUAUUGUAUUUAAUGCACAUAUAAAAGGACUGGAAGCCAUUGCUAAUGAUGUUGUUUCUUUAGCAACCAAAGCACGAGAGGGGAAACUGCAGCCACAUGAGUUCCAGGGUGGCACUUUUACAAUCUCCAACUUAGGAAUGUUUGGAAUUAAAAAUUUCUCAGCUAUUAUUAACCCACCUCAAGCAUGUAUUUUGGCAAUUGGUGCUUCAGAGGAUAGAUUGGUUCCUGCAGAUAAUGAGAAAGGGUUUGACGUGGCUAGCAUGAUGUCUGUUACACUCAGUUGUGACCAUCGGGUUGUGGAUGGAGCAGUUGGAGCACAAUGGCUUGCUGAGUUUAGAAAGUACCUUGAAAAACCUAUCACCAUGGUGUUAUAAUUAACCCAAGGAUUUCUAGACACUCCCAAGUCACAUUGUUUCAUUCAUCAAGAUAUUUAUGUUAUAAAACAGAUUUUUUUUUCUUUUUUAAAAAAGUUAACCAGUUAUUUUUUAGUCUGUCCAGAUAAGUUAUUUGUAAUGGGCAUUACUGAUUUUUUUUAAAUGCCAAUUACACUCAGAUAUUGUACACAUUUGAUAAAGACCAGAUUUUAAACUGUGUACUCUAGUAAGGGACCUGUGGCCUCCCCUUUGGUGAUAAGUACUUCCACUGGGAAAUGUAGAGGUAAGAAUUUAAUCAAGGUUCCCUGCUGAAGCAAGUACAUAGAAGUAGUUACUUGGAUGAAAACUUGAGGACUUGACAUCUAAUUGCUUCAGAUGUUUUACUUAGAUUUGAGGGAAAGAGAGAAAGGAAAAUUAAUUCCCUUGGAGAAAGGAUUUGCAUUUAAAUAUGAUUUUGGAAUUUAACCAUAAUUUAAAAUUGUUGUAGAAGUGUGGUUUGCCAUAAAUUGGAUGGGUAAAGAACUUAAAGGAAAUAUGUAAAAUUAAGGCAAUUUUCUUAGACUCCCUUCAACUGUUUAUUUUUCUAUGAAUUCAUAAAUAGUUGUUUUCACCUCUUGAGAUGAAGAUAUAAAUAUAAACUGGCUGCUAGUAUAAAUGAGAAUUUGUGUGGGUAUUUAUUUAAACAACUUAAUGUGUAACUCUGAGAGCAGAUUUCUAGUUAUUUCCAAAUAAAAGAGUAUGCUUAUAUAGAAUUUAACGGAAGAAGUUACGAAAGUAGAAUUUUUUUCCUGCAGGAGUAACUGGUGAUUGUUUGCAAAUGAAUUUGUCAGAAUUUUUAUUACCCAGAUAACAUUGGUAAGCUCUAUCAAUUCUCUGUGGAAUAGGUACUUAUGUAAAUAUUGUUGGACAUGUGCCAAGGAUAAUUUAUCACCAAGAACUAUCUGAAAAGGAGAGAUAGACAUUGAUAAAUAGUGUGGAAUGCUAAAAGAUUAUGACCAAAACGAAAUGGUCUUCCAAAAUUCUGCUUAGAGGGAGUAAAAAUUACAUAAUGUGUCCUGUGUGUUUCCACCCAGCAUUGAGUCUUGUGAAAUAAGAAAGCUCUCAAGUUUAGUGAAAAGAAAAAACAAUCAGGUUCUCACCUUAGCCUAAAUAUUUUUUUUCUAUUUUAUAAUUUGCCUUUCUUCUACUGGGUAAUUAUAGAGAAAAUGAUAUUCAAGACAAUAAUGAAUUGGGAAUGUUACCACAAUUCCAUACUUUGUGCUGACUUGAUUUUUUAAAUAAAUAUUUGGAAUUAUU